CAUUGGGAAUCUGAAGACUGAAAGAAGAAUCCGCACUCCCAACAUUAUCAGAGUUGGGGCUCGGUGUGUGUACAAUGGUGAUUAUUAGUUUGUUUAAUACAGUUAAAUGUAUGAAUAACGCGGGGGCUGUUGAAGCUUGGAACAAGUGACUAGAAAGGACAACAACACACAACAAACCGCAGUGCUCCAGACUGAGUGGAGCCAGCAACUUGUGAGACGUUCCCGAGCCGCAGCACGACCACCAAGGCUGGUGAAGUACAACACGGACUGUGCUCUGGUUGAAGAAGUUGAUCCGGGACCAGAGAGGAACUGGGAGUUGUCAAGAAGCAGUGUCUUACUUAUUUCUUAGCCUGUCAACUUGCACAGGUGAGACCUGCUGCAGCGUAUCAGUUCGACAGAGGUCCUGAUCUGAGCUCCUGCAGCCUGCACCCCCUCCCUCCAUCAGUGGUGGUGACCCAACUCCGGACCGCUUGCUGCAGGGCCCUUCCUGAGCAGCAGCAGCUGCGUCCUGCUUGCUGACUCCCCUCCCUCCCCUGCUUCCUGUCCUUGGUCAGACAAGGCUAAAGCCUCCUCUCCCCUACCCCACCCCUCAUCUCUGUUGGCCUCUCUCUCUCUCUCACACACACACUCAAGUGGUUUCUCUUGUUGACCACACGUUCCAACAUCGUUUUAGGCUACUAACGCAAUUCGGAGUUCAUCAGCAGGGGACCCCGAGACCCCCUUGGUCCUCCUUUUUUACCUACACUGCAGCAUCAAGCAUGACCUCCAUGUCCAGUCUCUUCUCCUUCACGAGCCCAGCAGUCAAACGCCUGCUCGGCUGGAAGCAGGGUGACGAGGAGGAGAAAUGGGCAGAAAAGGCAGUGGAUGCGCUCGUGAAAAAGCUGAAGAAGAAAAAAGGUGCCAUGGAGGACCUGGAGAAGGCUCUGAGCUGCCCCGGGCAGCCCAGCAAGUGCGUUACCAUUCCAAGAUCACUGGACGGCCGGCUACAGGUUUCACACAGGAAAGGUCUGCCUCACGUUAUCUACUGCAGAGUGUGGCGCUGGCCGGACCUGCAGUCCCACCACGAGCUCAAGCCCCUGGAGGUGUGCGAGUACCCGUUUGGCUCCAAACAGAAGGAGGUCUGCAUCAACCCAUAUCACUACAAGCGAGUGGAGAGUCCUGUGCUGCCUCCUGUCUUGGUACCGCGGCACAGCGAGUUCAACCCACAGCACAGCUUGCUGGUACAGUUCCGUAACCUCACCCACAACGAGCCGCACAUGCCCCUGAACGCCACCUUUCCAGAGUCCUUCCAGCAGCCACACAGCGGGGGCGGCAGCACCGGCGGAGGAGGAGGUGGAGGUGGUGGUGGAGGUGGUGGAGGAGGAGGCGGUUCUUUUCCCAUCUCUCCCAACUCUCCGUAUCCCUCUUCUCCAGCCAGCAGUGGUACUUACCCAAACUCUCCUGCCAGCUCGGGGCCCUCCAGUCCAUUCCAGCUCCCAGCUGACACCCCACCCCCAGCCUACAUGCCCCCUGAUGAGCAGCUGGGCCAGGAGAGCCAGUCCAUGGAAACAAGCAGCACCCUGGUGCCACCGAACGUAGCCAGAGGAGAUGUGCAACCAGUGGAGUACGAGGAGCCGAGCCACUGGUGCUCUAUUGUCUACUAUGAACUCAACAAUCGAGUAGGCGAGGCUUACCACGCCUCGUCGACCAGUGUGCUGGUGGACGGCUUCACUGACCCUUCAAACAACAAGAACCGCUUCUGCCUCGGACUGCUGUCCAACGUCAAUCGCAACUCGACGAUCGAGAACACCCGCAGGCACAUCGGCAAAGGAGUGCACCUGUACUACGUGGGAGGGGAGGUGUACGCAGAGUGCCUCAGUGACACCAGCAUUUUUGUCCAGAGCCGUAACUGUAAUUACCACCACGGCUUCCACCCCACCACCGUCUGCAAGAUCCCCAGUGGAUGUAGCCUCAAGAUUUUUAAUAACCAGGAGUUUGCUCAACUUCUGGCUCAGUCGGUGAACCACGGCUUCGAGGCCGUCUAUGAGCUUACCAAGAUGUGUACCAUUAGGAUGAGCUUCGUCAAGGGCUGGGGAGCUGAGUAUCACCGACAGGACGUCACCAGCACCCCCUGCUGGAUCGAGGUGCACCUGCACGGGCCCCUCCAGUGGCUGGACAAGGUGCUAACGCAAAUGGGUUCACCUCUCAACCCAAUCUCCUCUGUGUCCUAAUGAUGGACUUGUGGGAGCUUGGGAGAUCUUUCUACUUUUUUUUUUUACUUUUUUUUUUUCUCCCCCUCCGUGAUUUAUAAUUUAAGGUGGUCUUAAUGGCUGAACUGUUUACACUUAACUUUGGGAAGGGAUAUUGAACUCUGGCUGGAAAGUCAACAACAGCAAACAGCCGGAAUGAGUUGUUGAAACAGAGUCACGUUACGAGCAAACACCUGGAGAAAGAGAGGAAUAAGGAGUGCCCAAGGAGCAGUAACGUCAUGGACACACUACUGCUUGACGAUGCUACAACACGUGCAAGAAUCGAGGACUCCAUUGUCGAGCUUGAAUCUGUCAAAUGUUAAUUUUUUGCAUCAAGUUUUUAUUGUUUUCUCAAAUGUUUUUAUUUCCCUGUAUGUGUAGUUUUUAAUGUAGCAGAACUGUUUCACUACUCUGCCUUAUGUCCGACAGACAAAUUGGAAUUUUACUGAACACUUUUCUUACAUUGUUGUCUCAAUGUCGGAUAUUUACAAUUUAAGAUAUAGACACGAUUAUGUUUACCAUUAGGCUCAGAUAUAACAAAUGCUUUCUUUUUAUAGUCUCUACUGCUAGAAAUGAACACUGAGCUACUGCCUUUUUAAGAAGGUUAUGUAUGCUGACCUGAUAGUUUUUGAUAUGGGAGAUCAAUCACUGAACAAGUUUUAACAUGCCAUAAGCUAACAACAUUUUGAAUGUUACAUCUAUUGCAAUAGAAGUAGUCAUUUAUGAUAUAAUCAGACAAUGGACAUCAUCAUUGAUUCUUGCUCGUACUCUCGAGUUCAAGUAAGAGUGACUAUUUUCCAUACUCACUGUAUUAACAAUAUUGUGCACUCAUGGAUUUUGUGGAGGCAUAUUAAAUUUUGGCGUGGGUACCAAGGCAUUAUGUUGAUAGAUAAUUGACUUCAUUAGCUCAAUGAAAUAAACAGGUUAUUUGGUAACAAUGA